AUGUCAAAGGUCGCUCCUGUAAUUGCCCUGUCUCACGGUGGUGGUCCCAUGCCUGUCCUGGGCGAUCCCAAGCACAAAGAUAUCGUCUACUCCCUCAAGAACCGCGUUCCCAAGAUCCUCAAACUUGGUACCCCAGAUCAACCCAGGGCCAUCAUCCUAGUCACAGCCCACUGGUCCACCGACAAACCCACCAUCUCGUCAAGCGCAUCUCACAAGCUCCUCUACGACUACUACGGUUUCCCCAAAGAGUCUUAUGCUCUCAAGUACCCCGCGCCAGGCCACCCAGAAAUCGCACACGAGAUUGCCGACGCGCUCAAGGCAGAAGGUUUAACGCCUGAGCUAGAUGACGAGCGGGGAUGGGACCAUGGCGUCUUCAUCCCGCUGCUGCUCGUCAACCCCAAAGCCGACAUUCCCGUGAUUCAAGUCUCGGUUCUAGAAUCUGAGGAUCCAGAAGAGCAUCUUCGCAUGGGCGCUGCGUUGGGUAAACUGCGCGCCAAUAACAUCGCCGUUAUCGGAUCCGGCUUUGCGAGCUUUCACAACAUCCGCGCCAUGAUGAUGCUUGGCGGUUCAGGGCCGGAGCAGCAGAAGCAGUUCCGUGUUUUGUCUGAUCAAUGGAGCAAUGUGCUGACGGACGCUGCGAUGAAGAAGGAAAAGGAGGAAAGGUGGAAGGCCCUCAGCGGUUGGAGAGCGUUUCCGUACGCUGACAUGAUGCAUCCCCCAAGGGGAGGGGAGCACUUUAUGCCAUUGCUUGUGUGUGCGGGCGCGGCUGGAGAUGGAGAGGAGGCGAUGAAGUACAGUGAUGAGUACGUUGGAGUUGAAAUUAGUACAUUUUACUGGGGAUCUGAGGAGGUCAGCAAGUUGUAA